GCAGUUUCCCUGGACAGCUUUGCAGAGCUGUGCCAUUUGAAUUUAAGCACGCACACACACACACACACACACACACACAGCCAGACACUGUGCUCUCCAUUUCUGGCUUGCCUCCCAGCACAGAGCUGAACUAGAGCUCGGGUUAGGUUUUUUCUUCUCACUCUGCUCCCUGCAGCGACAGCUUCUCCAGGCUCUGCUAGUCGGGACUCCCAAGCAAGCAUGGCGGACACUCCUUUGCAAAUUAUUGAGCAGCCCGCUCCUUCCGAGACCUCUGAGGAGCAAGUGGCUGAGGAGCCGAUUAAAUCAGACCAGAUCAAUGGCGUGAUGGUGCUCACCCUUCUGGACAAGAUCAUUGGGGCAGUGGAUCAGAUCCAGCUGACCCAGACGCAGCUGGAGGAGAGGCAACAAGAGAUGGAUAGUGCAGUGGCCAGCAUCCAGGGGGAACUGACCAAGCUCACCAAAGCACACACCACCACCAGCAACACCGUGAACAAGAUGCUGGAGAAAGUACGCAAGGUGAGCGUCAAUGUGAAAACCGUCCGGCAGAACCUGGAGAAGCAAGCCGGGCAGAUCAAGAAGCUGGAGGUCAACGAGGCGGAGCUGUUGAAGCGAAGGAACUUCAAAGUCAUGAUCUACCAGGAUGAAGUGAAGCUCCCGGCCAAGCUGAGCAUCAGCAAGUCUUUGAAGGAGACCGAGAAGGAAGAGAAGGAAGAGGAGGGCAUGGAGGUGCCUGUGGACGAGGACUGUGCCGAUGAGGACCGAAUCCAGCUCUCCUCAGAUGAGGAGGUGGAGGUUGAAGAGAUCAUCGAGGAAUCCCGGGCAGAGCGGAUCAAGAAAAGUGGCAUGAAGAGGGUGGAUGACUUCAAGAAGGCUUUCUCCAAGGAGAAGAUGGAGAAGACCAAGCUAAAGACCAAGGAGAAUUUUGAGAAGACCAAACACAAUUUGGAGAAGACCCGGCACAACCUGGAGAAGAGGAUGAACAAGCUGGGCACCAAGCUCGUAACCACUGAGAGGAGGGAGAAGAUGAAAACCUCUCGAGACAAGCUGAAGAAAUCCUUCACUCCUGACCACCCCAUCUAUACCAGGUCCAAGACAGCAGUCUACAAAGUGCCACCCUUCACCUUCUAUGUCAAGAAGAUCAGAGAGGGCGAGGUGGAGGUGAAAGCCACGGAGAUGGUGGAGGUGGGAGGAGAAGAGGCUGAGAACACGGAGCUGCUGAGGGAGGAGAGCCCUGAGAUGCACACGCUGCUGGAGAUCACGGAGGAGUCGGACGCAGUGCUGGUGGACAAGAGCGACAGUGAGUAGGACGGGUGGUGGCACGGGAUGGAUGGCUGAAUACAUAAUCUUUCACACUGCAAGAUCUCUCUUUGCCCCACGCAUCCUGGGGAACGUGUACCCGAUGUAUCAUUAUUCCUCUGGAUGUCCAAGCCAAUCCCCUGCCGUCCCAGACGAGGUGUCAUUUAUAUUUUAGUUUUAGCACACAGAGGAGUUAGGAACACUGGACUGUUUUUCUUACACUCAUGGAGACCAUUCCUGCUGGCAGCCCUGUGAGAGCUUGCUAGCCACCAGGGACCCAGCUGAGUGGAAGUGUGCUAAAACCAAGAUAAUGCUGUACACCUGGGAAUAUCCCUCUCUGCAGCUCUCCAAGACCUGAUAUCUAGAAUGCUUCUUGCCUGGCAAACUGCCCAGUGCUGGAGAUCCCCCAGUCUGUCAGCCCAAGCGACCAUCCCCACAGCAGACGGAGGGGAACGCAGGAGCCCAGCUGGCUAGCAGCAGCAGAGAGACAUUUUCCAUCCCUGCCCAAAUGCAAGUUCCCUGGGCCGUGCGGUCUGGAAGAUCUCCAGUGGAAGGUGGAUCUCUGACAUGUCUUAGCAUGUGGCGAGGGAAGGGUUAAGCCGAUCCCACUGGUGGGUAGAGCACAUGUGAGGAUGGGCAAUGCCACAUGGGGCUGGGAAGGGCUCCCUGCCACUUCCUGACCCCAGAGGGUUCAAAGAGUUAAUGGGCCAGUUCUGGAGAACCCAGCAUUGUGUAAUACUUGGAGAACAUGGGCACCACAUUGCCUGGGUGGCAGCGAGAGCCCAUGGCAACGCUGGCAUCCUACACACACACACAGGACCCUGUCACUGCUGCCAGUUACAACGGGGCCACCCUAGGCCUUACUGCGACUGCCCCACAGAAAUGGAGAGCUCAGCAUGUGCCUCACGCUCCUGUGUGUGUGUCUACAGUGCCCGCGACACAGGAGCAGUAACCGUCUGCCGGCUGGAGCCCGGAACCACUUUGCUCCAGCAGGCUCGCUGUCACCUGCAGGGAGCUGCGUCGAGUCGGGUGUCCCACCCCGUCACCGGAGAGCGAGCCCUGUACCAUGUGGCAUCAGCAGCUGGGAGGUGCCCAGUCACUGGCCGGGGAGUGUGCAGGCCGGGGGUGGGUGCAGGCCGGGGGUGCUGCAUGGUCACUGGCCAGGGGAGGGUGCAGGCACGGGGAGCUGCACGGUCACUGGCCGGGGGAGGGUGCAGGCUGGGGGUGCUGCACGGUCACUGGUCAGGGGAGGGUACAGGUGGGGGUGCUGGAGAGCCCAGCAGACUGUGAGGUGCAUGGUCACUGGCCGGGGGAGGGUGCAGGUGGGGGAGCUGCAUGGUCACUGGCCGGGGGAGGGUGCAGGCCGGGGGUGCUGCAUGGUCACUGGUCAGGGGAGGGUACAGGUGGGGGUGCUGGAGAGCCCAGCAGACUGUGAGGUGCAUGCUCACUGGCCAGGGGAGGGUGCAGGUAGGGGUGCUGCACGGUCACUGGCUGGGGAGGGUGCAGGCCGGGGGUGCUGCAUGGUCACUGGCCGGGGGAGGGUGCAGGUGGGGGAGCUGCACGGUCACUGGCCGGGGAGGGCGCAGGCCGAGGGUGCUGCACGGUCACUGGCCGGGGGAGGGUGCAGGCAGGGGGUGCUGCACCGUCUCUGGCAGGGGGAGGGUGCAGGCAGGGGGUGCUGCACGGUCACUGGCCGGGGGAGGGUGCAGGUGGGGGUGCUGGAGGGCCCAGGGUGCGGCUGUGACUCAUUUCCAGGAGGGCUAGAGAAUGUGCUGAUGCCACAGAAAGGGGACAGAGCAAGGAGGGCUCUUGGCCAGCCAGAGAGAAAUCUUGACACGGGUCUGUGGGCCCGAUCCUGAGCAGCUGAGUCUCUGCAGAGAGUCCCGGCAUGGCUCAGGCUCAGGCCCUGCAUAUCCCCCCAGCCUCCCAGCUUGCUGCCGUUCUCACUUUCAUAGCUGAUGUCAGAUGCCCAGUGCAGUUCUAGGAUGGGGCACUGCCGCUCGAGCGCCAAGCGCCUGCUCCAGCUUUCCUAUCCGCACGCACCGCAGCUACUUAGCGGGCUCUCUGCAGCCCUGGCAGCACAGAGGGAGGGGCUGCGUGUGCUGGGACACGGUGUGUCUCCUGACCAGCCAAUGUCGGCUUUGGGGCUGGCAAUUCCCAACCCCCACCCUGCCCCUUUGCAGCCCCUCAGGUGGCAGGGGGUAGUUUGGCUUGUGUUUGUGCCCAUCCUUCCCUUAGUUCAGACGCGCUGGGCACAGUCCAGCCCCUGGCACACGUGGCCGCCGUUCUGACUGCCGUGUGACACACCGGAGAGCAGAGGUUUGUUGUUAACGUAGCCACAAUAUAUAAACUUGCUUCUUCGUUAAGAGCAUUUUCUUUCUUAUUGCCCGUCCCGCUCCCAGCCCCGGGAUCCUUCCCCUGCAGCAAAGCUCACAGCCUGCCCAGCCAAGCCCAGGCCAAAUUGGGCACGGCCCCAGCACCUGGGCUGUGUGCCAGGCUCCCUGGUGGGUUCUCUCUAAGCUGCGAGAAGGCAUCUCUGGACCCCUACGCUGCCCCCAGGGAUGGGCAGGAAGAGAUAGGGUUGGAUGGGCCUUUGCCAUGCUCUGCCCUUCCCUGCCAACCCCAUGAUGGCACCACCACUGCGGGGGGAUGCCAGGCCCCAGGCAGUGGCAGUCCCCGGGGGGCAGGGGAGCCUUGCUUGCCCUCGAUUGGGAUCUUUGCUCACUGCCGGAGCUGCCCUUCACUGUUCGCCACGGGCACCCCCUGCAGCAGGUGGAGAAACCAGAUGUUCUGCAGCCCCCCAGCCCAGGGCAGGCCGAGCCCUUGCCCCUCUGCCUAGGGCCAUUCCUUCAGCACGUGCGUGGGGACCCAGUGACUGGCUGUGCCUCGCACUCACCCUGCUGAGCCGCGCUGCACCCCCCUGUGCAGCCCAGCCCGUGGCAGGGGAGGUGCCAGCUGGCGAAGGAGCGGCUAGGGCAGGGGGCUGUUCACCCUCUGUCUGUUUCCAGGGCCCAUCUAUUGUUUUUUACAGAUAUAUUUUUCUUACAGAGAAGCAGUAACUCAGAGUCAGCAACUCCCAGGGCACGGGCGGGCGCUUGGCUCGAGCGGCCCAAGGCCACCAGGGUUUGGUACCGCACUAAACAGCUCUGACCCCGGAGGGAGGGAGCCGAGUGGGUCCACGGGGCAGAGCACGAGUCCUGGGCCCUCCCUGAGCUGGGGGCCAUGGGAGACGGGCGGAGCUUUAUCCAUUUUCUAUGACUGCAUCCUGGUGAGCAGCCCGACCAAUAAAGUUUCUUUUCUAAAA